UUUAUUACCUUGGUCGGCAGCCAUGCAUGUUGCCGUGCAUGCAUGCAGAGGGUGUGCUGGUCAGCAGCCUUGCUGCAACCAAUGACCAAAGGAUUUAAUAUAUAUUUUUGUUCUUUUCCAGAUUUUCAGAGUGUGCUAACAAUGAAUCAAUGUUUGUUUGAUGCAGGGAAUUUUGGAUUGAAGUUGUUUCUGUUGAAGGAGAUGGAUCUUGACCAGCAGGCCGACAACUUGGGUGCAAAUGGUGGUGGUCUUGUAUGGCCAAGUGCCAUGUCAAGCUACAUGCUCCAGCACUUAGCUCAGCUUGUGUCCAGUGGUAUGAAAACUUCAACAGGUUUCAAACAAGUUCAUCUUAAUGGUUGUGCAAGAGCUUUGAUGGAGAACAUGGGUUAUCAUGUCACCGGCACUCAAGUUGGUAAUCAUUUGAGGAAGUGGAAAAAGAUAUAUGGAAAGAUUCAGAAGCUGAAAAAUUUGAGUGGAGCACUUUGGGAUGAAGAAACUUGCACUAUAAGUCUCGAACGAGAACAUUACCUUGCUCACAUUCAGAUUCAUCGUGACGAUGCUAAAUAUCUGAACUGUCCAAUAGAGCACUACCAUGAGAUGGCAACUAUUUUUGGCAAUAGCUUGGCAACAGGUGCAUAUGCUAAGGGGGCUAGUGACCCUCUUGCCUCAGAGGUGACUGCAACAGCGAAUGCAUCACAAGAGACUAAAGAUGGUGCUGAAACAAAUGAACAAGGAGAAGGUUCACCACUUGAGGCUGAGGAGAUGACAUUUUCAGCUAACACAAAUGGUGCAGGGAGCUCUGGAACUAAACCACCACCAGCAAAGAAGCAUAAAGUAGCUGCUGUUGAGGAUCCAAAUAUUGCAAUGGUCAGUAUAAUGAGUGAGGGUCUUGGGAACCUUGCAGCAGCCAUAGAGAAGGUGGGGAAGGAAGAUGAUGGCAUUCCUGAAAGGUUGUAUGAUGACAUGAUGAGUAUUCCUGGAUUUGAUGAGGCGCAUCUAGAUCACUACUAUGCUUAUUUGUGCGAACAUCCAUCACUUGCAAGGCGCUUCUACAAUAUGCGUUUGUCAUCAAAGAUGGUGUGGGUUGCGAGGUACAUCAAGGAGCACCUUUGAGGAGAACCUUUG